AUGCUUGCAGUUGACGCGUGCGAGCUACAUAACACGUGGGAACCAGAAAAAAAUAUUCUGGAUAAGGCGUUAAUUGACAAUUACCAACGGUCGGAGUCGAGAAGGCGAAAGUCCGGCUCCACACCAAAUACUUCCCGAAGCCCAUCGAAGGCACCUCGAUCCCCUACCCCUCAACUCCCUGAACCAAAGAAGCUGAAGGAGACAGUUACUGUCGCUACUGAGAUUGCUCCUAGCACUCAACUGAGCGAACCCCUCACAGUGAGCGUGGCGUCACCCAAAAAUUCUACUCCCGCAGCUCAUUCUGGGUCAAGCUCCAUUGGCACAGCAACAGUGUCCUCCAUCGGUUCCCCCCGUGCGAUAGCCUGCGACACAGGUGACGGAUGCGACUGGCGAGUGGAUAAUCGAUUGCGACCCACAACUCUUUUGGUGACAGCGGCUUCGGCUUCCGCGGCGAACACUAGAAUGGCUGUCAAAGGACCAUGGUUGGAAAACAGUAGUCGAGCGAGUACCUCUCCGCCUUGUGUGGCGUCUCCAGUCAAACAUCCCCGGAUUCGUCUUAAAAUCCCGAGAGAGCGACUUCUUUCCUUGGGGCCAGUGGUAAAGGAAGAAGAAAAUUCUUCCUCUAGCGAAAGUUCCACCGUCGAUGAAGUUGAGCUACCUCGUCGGAAUAAAGCCGUAACGAGAGAUAACGCGUUAGUAGUGAUUCCGAAAUGCGUAGAGAGGCCGGACAUAAAGGCCUACUCCCCAGAAGCCAUAUCUCAUCCUCCAAUAGGUCUAAAGCUUCAGUCGAAGCGGUUCAGUGCUGUAUUUGAUCCCUUGAAAUGCAAGGAUUACAUAUCAUCCACACCCUCUCUAAAAAGAAGGAAGAAGAGCAGACAUGGGACGGGCGAAGAAGGGCGUCGAUCGUCGUCCUCGUCGUGCGUUAGCAUUUCGUCUGGAGAGAGUCCGCGUCGUCUGGCACCUCUCAGAAUUCAGCUUUCUCGGAAUGGCGGUUCCACGGCCUUUCUUACAACCCCCCGAUCUUCAGCUCCUACACCUUCCUCCACUAUGCCUCCUUCCAUUCCCGAUAGGGACAUUUCCAUUACCGACGUGACGGUGGGUGGACUGACAGUCACGAUAAAGGAGUGCUCUACACCGAAAAACUUCUUUGGUCUCCCAACUUGUCAGGUGGUGACGAUUCCCAGGCCUCCUCUAGCUCCCCGUCCAAUCAUUGAAAAGACAGAGGCGGUGUCUGUCAGGUCCAUAUCAUCGAAACCUCCACCAGAAGUAAUCCAAGUACCUGUUGACGAAAAUGCCGAGCCCCAACCGAAUGUCGUUGUCGAGGGAUGCUCUAAAACAGAAGAACCCGUGUCCCUACCUUCUCCUUCACCACCUCCUCCCCCUCCUCGUUCAGUCAGUCCUUUGGCGCCGCCGCCACCGUCGCCACCGCCACCGCCCCCUCCUCCACUGCCGAAACGUACCUCCACUCCCGUAAAGUCUCGGUGUGAAAAGCGUUUGUCGAGUCCGUUGGCCAGGAAGGUCAUCCGUCGCAGUAUCUCCAGGAAGUGCCCUGUUCCAGUGAAGAAGGCUCACGUAGUGAGUGUCGUUCCCCCAACCAAGGCGAUGGCAGAGACCGUUUACGCCUUCCACGGUGGCGAUUCCCCUCCGCCGUCUGCUCAGCCCCCACCGCCUCCCCCUCCAGCACUACAUCCUGUGCCAGAACCGAAUCAGGUGCUCCCCCAGCCAACACCACCCCCUUCCCUCCUCCAACUCCCAUCUGUUCCACCGGUGACUGCUGCUUGGGAGAGUUACUUUAAAACGGUAGGCUUUUUCCCCCAGUCAGACCUCAUAUCGCCUCAUCCCCCACCACUACCCCCUCCUGUUAUGUUUCCAACUCCUUUCAUGGGAGGAUCCCAUUCUGCACCGUCAUCAGCCCAUCUGCAAUUACCUCCACAUCUCCUUGCUAUGGGCCCCCCUCAUCAGGCGCAUGCAGGACUACUGGAUGAGAUGCAGCCAAUCGAUUUAUCGACGGGUUCACGACGUUGA